AUGGCCUUACAGUGCUACACGCCUCUGCUGAAGCCCCAACUGGCCCAAGUCUCGGUUAACCCUUGCAUUAACACGAUACAGAUUCCAGGUUAUGCAACUGCACUUGCAAUGGUAGCAGGAACGACCUUUGCUUGGGCGACCUUCUCUGUUAUGAUAUUGUUGUCUAAGUUAAAGAACCUAAAUCUGCUCCAUGGUUUUGUUAUGUUGGAUGUGCCCCAAGAAACUUCUUUCUUUUGA